AUGGUGUCCACAGUUUUUGCUAAGAUCUUUGAUUUUUGCUGGAAGAAAGUAAACUUGUCCAAGGAGGAGUCACUUACCAUUCUGGAGCUGGGUGCGACAGCGCCUGAGCUUUUAGCCAAUGAGACGCUAAUGAGCAAAGGUCAGGUGAUUCGUAGCUCAACCAACCAAGUGCAGAUCCACUAUAAGAGCCUGAAGCAAGCCAAUCAUGGUGUUUUCAGCUUUCACUAUCAAGCGUUCCUCCUGUCCUGCUCAUUUCCCCUCUCCCCUGAGGGCGGUGGAGUGACCGUAACUGAUAUUCAUCCUGGAGGUCAGGCUCACUUCCAUUGUGAUCCUGGAUUUGAGGUCAGAGGUCAUGAGGUUGCAACCUGUUUGAAUUCCACCCGACCCAAAUGGAGCACCCCAGAACCCCAGUGUGUGGCUGUAUCUUGUGGAGGGUGGAUUAGAAAUGCUACUGUUGGACGCAUUCUGUCCCCAACCCUCCCCUCUGCAAGUAACCAUAGCAGCGGUAGCAACCUGAGCUGCCAUUGGCUGCUGGAAGCCAAGGAAAGCCACAGGCUCCACCUCCAUUUUGAGAGGGUGGCUCUUGAUGAAGACAAUGACAAGCUGAUUGUGCGUAGUGGGAAUAGCUCUAUAGCGCCGCUCCUCUUCGACUCGGAUCUGGAUGACGUUCCAGAACGAGGCUUCGUGAGUGAGGGAAUGUCUCUCUAUGUGGAGCUCACAGCAGAUUCUUCUUCCAUCCCACUGCUGCUGGCACUCCGCUAUGAGGCCUUUGAUGGGGAACACUGUUAUGAACCUUACCUGCCUCAUGGGAAUUUCAGCAGCAGUGACAUCACCUUCCCAUUGGGUACUAUAGUAACCUUCUCAUGCUCUCCUGGUUUCGUCAUGGAGCAAGGCUCAGGAGUUAUGGAGUGUGUUGACCCCAAUGACCCUCACUGGAAUGAGAGUGAACCUGUCUGCAGAGCUUUGUGUGGCGGGGAGCUCACAGACCCAGUGGGAACUGUGUUGUCACCUGACUGGCCACAGAGCUACUCUAAGGGGCAGGACUGUGUGUGGCAAAUACAUGUCAGCGAGGACAAGCGCAUUGAACUGGAUGUACAAAUUUUGAACAUCCGUCAUAACGACAUUCUCACUCUAUUUGAUGGCCAUGAUCUGACGUCACAUGUGAUUGGCCAGUACCUGGGCUCAAGAGAAAGGUUCAGGGCUGUAUCAGGAGGUUCAGAGGUCACAAUUCAGUUUCAGAGCGAUCCCGAUGACUCUACAUUUAUACUGAGCCAAGGCUUCCUCAUUCACUACAGAGAGGUGGAACCAAACGACACAUGUCCUGUCCUUCCACAAAUUGAGUUUGGCUGGAGCAGCUCCUCCCACCCGUCUCUGGUGAGAGGCAGUGUAUUAACCUAUCAGUGUCAGCCUGGUUAUGACAUUGUUGGCUCUGAUAUCAUCACCUGCCAGUGGGAUCUCUCCUGGAGCAACAAUCCGCCCACCUGUGUGAAAAUCCAGCAGUGCCCUGAUCCAGGAGAAGUAGUCAAUGGAGCACGCUCAGUACAUCCGGAGUCUGGUUUCGCUGUGGGAACAGUGGUACGCUUCACAUGUAACCAAGGUUAUCAGCUGGAAGGCCCGAACCAGAUCUCCUGCCAUGGCAGAGACACCGGCAUGCCCAAAUGGAGCGACCGCAGCCCAAAGUGUGUCUUAAAAUAUGAUCCAUGCCCAAACCCUGGCGUGCCUGACAAUGGUUACCAGACUCUGUACAAGCACAGUUACCAGGCAGGUGAGACACUGCGUUUCUUCUGCUAUGAGGGUUAUGAGCUCAUUGGGGAAGUCAUCAUCAACUGUGUCCCAGGACACCCCUCUCAGUGGAAUAGCCCACCACCCUUCUGUAAAGUGGCCUAUGAAGGGCUACUGGAUGAUCAUAAAUUGGAGGUUUCUCAGUCAUUAGAGGCCUCUCAUCAAAUGCUGAGUGAGAACAUUGCAUUGGCUAUUAUCCUGCCAAUCAUUCUGGUCAUCCUUCUUAUUGGUGGAAUCUACAUGUACUACACCAAUGUGUGUAGGUGGCAGUGGAAACCGUUGUUCUGGAAGUCUCUCUCUCACACCCACUCCUACAGUCCCAUAACGGUGGAGUCUGACUUUAACAACCCUCUCUAUGAGGCGGGGGACACACGAGAGUAUGAGGUGUCCAUCUGAGACAGGAGUCUGCAAAUGAAUCCAAAAUUUGGGUGACUGAAAAGGAAGGAUACUGUUAUUUGUCUCUCUUUGCAAGACAUUCAUUCGUUUUAUUCAAUUAAUUACAACACAUAAAUACCACUCUACACAGUCUCUCUCUCCUCCCUCGGUCGAUUCACUGAUGUAAGUACGUAUCAAGAGUUUAUGCAGUUGUCUGUGUAGUAUGUUAGCGUGUGUUUACAUGUGUGUGUAUGUUAUUGGCUGUAUAUGUACAUUAGAGUAAUGAAAUACUGAUAGUAACAACAAAAAAGUUGUAAGUACGUAUUGUUAGUAUGAUUUCCACAGUCAGGCAUGUUUUAUAACAGAGGGUUUGGUGCCUUAAGGACUGUAAAGUGAUGGAGUGAAAGAAAGAAAGAAAUUGAAUAGGGAGAGAGGAAGAGAGAGACUUUGACACAAGUGAGACAACGAUAAGUACACAAAUAUAUAUAUAUAUAUAUAUAUAUAUAUAUAUAUAUAUAAUCUGAAACAUGAAAACUAUACUCUCAUGUUCCCAUAUUUGUAUACAGACACAUGGCCACACAUUUACACAUACAUAUACAUGAUGACAAGAACAUAUUGAAUGUAAAUAUUUUGAUUGAAUAUUGAGUGUACAAACAGAUUCAGUGCCAAAAUACAUCCCAUAAUGUGACGUCACUUCACGUUUCACUAGUUGCCAUAGUAUUUCUCACAUUAUUAUGUAAAAUGAGGACAAUGCCAGCAUUUCAUAUUGUUCUUUGCUGUUUCUUAAGAAUCUAUUUCUCCUUGAUGUUGAAUGACCAUGUUUCAGAGGAGCAGAAUGUCCUCUUGAUUACGGCACGCAACGAUUGUAUAUUUUACCGCUUCAGCUUAGGAUUCAUGAUCAAUUAUACUUACUGUCAUUGUUAUCAGAGUUGAUGUUGUUGCAUAUGCACUAUGUUGAGGAAAAUAUAUACA